CUUUUUAUCGAUCAAGAAAGGCUGGAGAGCGAAAAAGAAGGGUGUUCGUGGAUUCUGUCCGUGCUGUCCCUCGUCGUGGUAAAGAAGGGAAAACCUUCCCGUAUUAUCGCAUCGAAAAUCCGGAGACUCAUCACGCCGACCGUCUUUGGAAGACGUAAGGCCCUGUCCAGGAAGAAGGUACAACAGCGUAACAGGUCUUGCGAGGAAGCUGCUGCAUAUAACAAACUCAUGACCAAGCUCGCAAAGGAGGUGUAG